AUGAAAAAAUGAAGGAAAAAAUUAAUAAGUUUAAUAAUAAUAAUAAAUACAAAUAUAAGAAUCAAAUAAUUAAUAUUAUUGUCAACGGGGUAAAAUAAGAAAUAAAUUUAUCAAAUAAAGAAAUCGAUGAAAUAGCCUAAAAAAUCAAAUAGGAAAUGAUAGAAAGAGAAGAAAUUACACUAGAAUAAAUAGAUGAUAAUUAUAUUUAAAAAGAAUCAAAAUUAAAUAUUUUCAAAGAAAAUUCCGUUAAUUAAAUUUCAGUAUUUUUAAUUGUAAAAAAUAGUAUAGAUUCUGAAGUUUAAAAAAAUUUAACUGAAGAUGAAAAAUAUGAAAUACUCAUAAAUUUAAAAAUGAUUCAUCUUGAAUGGUUAAAUAUAAAUAAAAUUGAAAAACUUGAUAUUUAUACUAAUUUAUAAGUACUAUAUCUUUAAAGAAAUACUGAUUAUAAAAAGGAAUUGGUUUAGAAUUUGCAAUAUUUAGAAGUAUUAAAUGACUAAGAAUUAACAACAGAUGUUAAGUUUAGAAUAUUAGGAAUUUUUCCAACCUAAUAUGAGAAUUAUUUUAAUUCAGUAUAAUAAAUAAAUAAUACUGUUAUUCCAUAAAAUAUAACAGAAAAAGAGCAAAGAUAUAUUGAAAAAGUUGAAAGAGAAGCUGUUUUUUAAGAAAAAUAGGAUUUAAACAUAAUAAAAUAAAAGUUUAAAAAUAUUUCAACAACUGAUGAAAUUGAAGCAAUGAAAGAAAAUACUGAAGAGAUUGUUUCUUAUGCCUAAAUGCAUGCUAAACGCAUAGAUACUUUUUAUUAAAAGGCUAGUCGUCCUUUACCUAAUCAUGAAUCAAAUACUUUUCAUAUACAAGAUUAUAUAAAAAAAAGAAAAUUUGAAAUAUAACAAAAACAGGAAUUAGAUAUGAAUAAAUCCAAAUAACAAGAAAUCGAUAAUUUAAUAAAAGAAGAUGAAGAUGAAUAAAAACAAGAUUAUUCUUAUAUGGAGGAAAUAAAUGAAAUAAAAGAUUGA